ACACAAGGCGUCGCUGUUUUGCGCAAUAAGAAACCCUCGGUCCUAGAAAAGAAGGGUAAAAAAAGCGUGCACGGAUGAACUUUUUCCUCCACGUUCUGUAAUCUGACACCGCCACUAACCCCCAGAAAAAGCCAAGACGAAGGAUGGAUUCUCGACUUCACCCGCAGAAAUAGUCCGGCAAGAGCACACGGAAAGACCCGUGACCUAGUCUAGAACCGUACACAAGUCUUUGCAUGGUCGGCGACAGCGCAUUUACAGUCAGAUUGUCUGUUUUAAAUGAAACUGACGCCAAAAAGUUUCUCUUUCGACAAAGGCGGAUGGGUGACUGCCAUUCUCUGAGGCUCCAUGUGAGGAAAGGAUGAAGAAUCACAGCAACAGCUCCCGUCUAAAUAAUCAAACGUCAAAUCACAUCAGAGAGAGAAACUGCAAGAAAAGUGACGGAAUCUCCGCAGCCUGGCCACGGUUUUCCCUACGUGAUUAUGCUUUCUGCAUGGCAACGUUGUUUCUCUUCUGCCUUGGCUCUCUUUUCUACCAGUUGAACGGGGGACCGCCGAAAGUUCUCCUGGACAUCAGACAGUAUCUAGGGCAGUCCACGUUCUCCGACGACCACGGACCUCAGGUUCCCAUGGUGCUCCCCUUCCCCAGUCAGGUGGUGUAUAACCGGGUGGGGAAGUGUGGGAGUCGCACCGUGGUGCUGCUGCUCAGGAGUCUGGCAGAGAGGCAACGCUUUACGCUGGUCUCAUCCGACAUCCACAACAAGACCAGACUCACCAAACAUGAGCAGGUGGAUUUGAUGAAGAACAUCACCAGUAUCCCACAGCCUUAUCUCUACACCAGACAUGUGCACUUCCUCAACUUCACAAGGUUUAGGAUAGAACAGCCUGUCUACAUUAACAUCAUCAGGGACCCCAUUAACAGAUUUCUCUCCAACUAUUUCUUCCGGCGCUUCGGCGACUGGCGAGGGGAGCAGAAUCACCUCAUACGCACACCAGGAAUGAAGGAUGACGAGAGAUACCUGGACAUCAAUGUGUGCAUCCUGGAGAAUUACCCAGAGUGCUCCAACCCACGCCUCUUCUACAUCGUGCCCUAUUUCUGUGGUCAACACCCCCAGUGCAGGGAGCCCGGGGUAUGGGCGCUAGAGAGGGCCAAACAGAACGUGCAGGAGAACUUCCUCCUGGUGGGCAUUCUGGAGGAGCUGGAGGACGUGUUGCUCCUGUUGGAGCGGCUGCUACCUCACUACUUCAGCGAUGUGCUCAACAUCUACAAGAGCCCAGCCUUCUGGAAGAUGGGCAACCUGACCGGCACGGUGCGGAAGCACACGCCCACCCCGGCGGCACUGCAGGUUCUCUACCGGCGCAUGCGCUACGAGUACGACUUCUACAACUUCAUCCGCGACCAGUUCCACCUGAUGAAAAAGAAAAUCGGACUUCGUUCUUCCUAUUCCUCCUCAUCUUCCUCCUUUUCCUCCUCCUCCUCCUCCUCCUCCCUUCCCAGCCUCCUCAGGGAGCUGACCCUCUCCACCCAGCAGCCUCCACUGGACGACAAUCUGCUGGACGAUGACAACAGCUGGUUGGACCAGCCCUGAGAGUCGCCAUGGAGACUGGAUGAAGGGACGGGGCCGACCACUUUUUUGGGGGGGAGUGGGGGGCAUAGUCUGUGACUUACUCAGCCAUUGAGGGAGGAGGAUUGCUGUACAGGAGGACUGAGCAUUCCCAGGCUGCAUUUUGGGGGUGUGUGUGCGUCGAUCCCAAUUGCCCGACUUUUUAACGGGUAGCCAUUUUGUUUGUUUUUUUUUAUUUUAGAGAGAAAAAGUCAGAGACGGUCUGUGUAACCUUCUGAAGUGUACAGGAGAGAGUUCUGUGACGAGGAUCGGUAUAUUUAAAUGGAAAUGGAAAAAGAAACAAUAUAAAGGAAAUAAUUGUA